GCGGGUCAGCUGGGAGCAGGACACGCCUCUGACUGAAUGGAGAGCGCCGCGCGUAAAAGUCGGACCUGCAGCGCACCCAAACUUCCCCCACUUCUCCUGGUUCCGUUAAGAAUCAAACCAGCAUCGGAAAUUAGUUUAUAUUCGACUAAAUGCAGCGAUGACUCAAGAAGAAGACCUCAUCCGGAUCGCUAAAAAACUAGACAAGAUGGUGUCUAGAAAUAACACGGAUGGAGCCUUGGACCUGCUGAAAGAGCUGAAGGCCUUCAACAUGACACUAAAACUUCUCCAGGAAACGAGAAUUGGAAUGUCUGUGAACAGUAUCAGGAAACACUGCACAGAUGAAGAAGUCAUUGCCUUGGCAAAAGUCCUCAUUAAAGACUGGAAGAGACUUCUGGAUGCUGGCUGUUCUCACCCGGAGAAAGUGCCUGAAACAAAGAAUGGUUUGGACUCAAAAUCGUCAGCAGCUCCAAACUGCCCCCCCUCUGAGGCAAAAAGCAGUCACAGGAGGCUGGAUGUCAAAACAAAACCUGACUCAGACCCUAACAAAAAGUACUCUGAUAAAUACAGAAAAGAAAAACAGAAUGAUGACCACAUAAACACCAGGGACCCCGAGGACGAAAUGCACCUCAAGGACCUCAGAAAUGAGAAACAUCUUCAAGAAAAAGGGGAGAGGCAAACAUUCACGGAAAAUCCCAAGGUGGAGCGGGAUAAUAAGAAGCAGGAGCAUGCACAAGACCCGUGGAGUGGAAAACACAAGUUAGAUCAUCAAAUGAAAGACGGAGCAAUAGAAAAAAAGAAGAUGAGGCACUUGGAGAAGCUGAAGAGAGAGAAACACCCAGAGGAAUUAAAGAAGUAUGGAUAUGAUGUGAAGAAGGACAAAGACAGAGGAGAAAGCAGACACGACAGGCCGGCCAACGCGCCUCAGCGAGAGAGACCGCUGACUGAACCCCAGAGAGAGAAACCUGCCGAUGUUCACAGACCCAUGUUUGAAAGGAGAGGAGUGCUGGACAGCAGCAUUCUGUAUCCCACCCGCUUCCCCUCCCCUCCUCGACCUGCUCGACCGCCGUUGCCCGUCAAACGUCCGUCUUUGGACCAGAAAAAAGACAGAAGGGACAGCAAAGAAUCUGAACAUCCUCGUCCUCAUGCACCUAAACCAACCUCCCCGCCAGCUAAACGACCUGCAGAAGAAGUAAAGAAAGAGAGGAAAGUUCCGCCAGACCCAAAUGCUCCAAUAGCUCCUCUUCCUCUUCACCUUCAUCCUCCUCCAGCAAGAAAGAUGCCUCCAGACCCCAACGCUCCUCUUCCUCCGCUUCCUCUUCACCUUCACCCUCCUCCUCCUACACCGAAGCGUCCCUCACUGGAUGUGAAAAAGGAGAAAGACUGCAGGAAAUUGUCCACAGACUCGAAGCUUCCUGCACAGAAAAAGUCUGCAGAUGCUGUGAAGACAGACAGGAAAAACUCAGUGGAUAGCAAAGUGCCUAAAAAACACUCAGAUGAAGCCAAGAGAGAAAGGAAAGAUUCAUCCGAGUCCAAACCUCCUCCUCCAAAACAGCCCUGCGCUGAGGUCAAAAAAGAAAAACACAGGAAGGAUUCCUGUGACUCAAAGUCUGGCCAAGUUACCAAACACCUUUCAACUGACAGCAAACCUGAGAGAUGGGAGUCCAAUGAUUUGAAAAAAAGCAGUUCACCGCCAGCAAAGAAGCUCAUCAUGGGUGAAAGCUUGUUUCACAGGAGAGAGUCGCUCGGCUCGAAGCCUACGCAGCCCGGACCUCCGCAGAGGAAGCUCUCCACCGACUGCAUUGAAAGGAAAAGUAAAGCAGAAACGCCCAGAACUCCCACCACCCCGACCAGCCCCAUGUCGCCCAGCUUUGCUUCACCUGGGGGGCCGCUGCCCCCUCACCUGUCCACCGGAGACUCCGUCAGAGACAAGUGCGUGGAGAUGCUGGCAGCUGCCCUGCGCACAGACGAUGAUUACAAAGUUUUUGGAUCUAACUGUGACAGCAUGGGAGCAGAGAUUGAAGAUCAUAUCUACCAGGAGAUCAAAGCCACCGAUAUGAAGUACAAGAACAGAGUGCGGAGCCGCAUCAGCAACUUGAAGGACCCCAAGAACCCGGGGCUUCGCAAAAAUGUCCUCGCGGGAGCCAUCGAGCUAAGACGCAUCGCCACCAUGUCUGCCGAGGAAAUGGCCAGUGACGAGCUGAAACAGCUGAGGAACGUUCUCACCCAGGAGGCCAUCAGGGAGCACCAGAUGGCCAAAACUGGUGGCACCACCACAGACCUGCUGCAGUGCGGCAAGUGCAGGAAGAAGAACGUCACCUACAACCAGGUUCAGACACGCAGUGCUGAUGAGCCAAUGACUACAUUUUGUCUGUGCAACGAGUGUGGAAAUCGGUGGAAAUUCUGCUGAUCCUCCCAAGGUGAAACUACAUUUCCUCAGAUGCUUAUUUUCUAUAACUGGAUGGAAAAGGAGUUUGUUGAUUAUUGCAGCUGGUGGUUUAAAAGAUAAUGUUGUUUUUUUCAAUUUUUACUUGAACACUUAUGAUUUAUAAGCAUGUGCUAGUAAUUAAGGGUUAAUUAAUGUGGAUUUAAUGACUGAGUGUGAAUGUCAGUUAGAUAACUGAGUUGAUAAAUCAACCAACUUGUAACUUUAAUUAUAAUCACGGUGCUGUCAUGAUGCAGAUUCAUAAUCUGGUUAGUGAGACGUGUCAUACUACAGAUGCUCACAUUGUACAUAUCUAAUUCCAAUAAAAUUGCAUAAAAUAUGGGUGUGGUUGCUUUUUAAAUGGAUUUUAACAGAAGGGCUGUUUAUUUUAAUCCAGCUGUUUUCCCUUUUUUUAAUUGUGAUGUCAAAAUAGAACUUGAGUAUGAAUCAUAAACGUAAUUUCAGGCACACUAAUAGAAAACCCCUUUUUUUUUAUGAAAAAAGUUUCUCAUAAAAAACUGCAGUGAGGAAAAAAUAGAUGUGAUGAUUUAAUAUAACGUUACCUUCAGUCUGUCGAUAUUCAAUGAAGUCAAUGAACCAACAUCCCACACAGAAUGAUUGUAAAUGUAUAUUUUGGAAACUUCUUUUUUGUUGCACUACUAGACGACAAUGGUAGAUGGCGACAAUUCACCAGAAAACACACUGCUGUUUCAUCUCCACCGGUAACGCAGUUUUGUCAGUAACCAAAGAAAAGUGCAUUGCUGAAUUCGUAAAUUGAGAAUAUCAGAUACAUCCUGCAAUAUUUAAGAGUGAAAACUGGCUUUCUAAUAAUAUUGACCCUGAAAUUAACAAUGGAUAAAAUAGUAAUUUCACUGACUGCAUUGACUGGUGUUUUGUCACUUUAAAUUCUUAUACAACACAUUAAAUUCAUAGUCCAUGC